CCUAGGAGAACACAGGAUGAGAUGAGUGACACAGGAAGAGCCUUCAUCUCUGGACGAGGAAGUUGAUAAACCAUGGAGCGGAUCAUUUUGUUCAUGAUGCUGUUGGGGGUUCUGGUGCGAGGACAGCAGUGCCCAGGCCGAUGUAUCUGCCAGACCAUCUCGCCCACCCUGACCUUGCUUUGUGCCAAGACUGGACUCCUAUUUGUACCACACACUAUUGACCGUAAAACCGUAGAGUUGAGGCUCACGGACAACUUCAUCACAGCUGUUCGUAGGAAAGACUUUUUAAACAUGACAAGCCUGGUGCAUCUGACACUGUCCCGCAAUACAAUAAGCCAGAUUGCACCUCAUGCCUUUGUUGGACUCAAAGCAUUAAGGGCGCUUCACAUGGAUGGCAAUCGACUGACUGAUAUAAAGAAUGACCAGCUAAAAGGCUUAGUCAACCUUCGGCAUCUCAUCUUGGGGAACAACCAGAUCCACCAUAUUGACCCUUCCUCCUUCGAUGAGUUUGUAUCCACUAUUGAGGAUUUGGACUUGUCUUACAACAACCUGAGGACGUUGCCUUGGGAGGCUAUAGCCAGGAUGACCAACAUCAACACGCUAACUUUGGAUCACAAUCUUAUCGAUCACAUAGGAGUUGGAACUUUCACACUACUCACCAAACUGGUUCGCUUGGAUAUGACAUCCAACCGUUUGCAGAAGCUGCCUCCAGACUCCCUCUUCCAGCAUGCUCAAGUGCUCUCUGAUCCUAAGGGUUCCUCUAGUUCCUCUAGGCUGACGGUGAGUUUUGGUGGGAACCCGCUCCACUGUAACUGUGAGUUGUUAUGGUUGCGCAGACUCACCCGAAAGGAUGACCUGGAGACUUGCGCUUCACCUGAACAUCUUAUGGACAAGUACUUCUGGUCUAUUCAGGAGGAGGAGUUUAUCUGUGAACCCCCACUCAUUAUCAAGCACCAGGUCACUAAGCCAUAUGUGAUGGAAGGCCAAGGCGUCACGCUCAAGUGUAAGGCAAUGGGUGAUCCAGAUCCUACCAUACACUGGCGUUUUCCUGAUGGAAAGCUGGUCCACAAUAACUCACGUACCAUCCUGUAUGAUAAUGGCACUCUGGACAUCCUGAUUACAACCCUGAAAGACAGCGGGGCAUUCAACUGUGUCGCCUCGAAUGCUGCUGGAAUCGCCACAGCAGCUGUAGAGAUAAACAUGAUCCCACUGCCGUUGUAUGUCAACAACACGAGUCACAUGAAGGAGGGUGACCCUGGCCUGUCUGACAUUACCACCUCCACCAAAUCUGGCAACAAUGACACCAAGCAACAAGACAAGAGGGUGGUGGUGGAUGAGCUAACCUCCAAUUCAGCAAUGAUCCACUGGCCUUCGGAGCGACACAUUCCUGGAAUAAGGAUGUACCAGAUCCAGUAUAACAGUACUAUGGAUGACACUCUGGUCUACAGGAUGAUUCCCUCAGAGAGCAAGACAUUCCGGAUCAAUGACCUGGCAGCGGGACGUGAGUACGAGUUGUGUGUCCUUGCUGUGUAUGAUGAUGGCAUCACAUCCCUCACUGCGACACGUGUGGUGGGCUGCGUCCACUUCCGCACCGCACCUGAGACCGGCCAAUGCCAGUUUGCUCAAGCGCAGUUCCUGGGUGGUACCAUGAUCAUCAUCAUCGGUGGCGUCAUUGUGGCCUCUGUGCUUGUCUUCAUCGUCAUCCUGAUGAUCCGCUACAAGGCGUAUGGUACAGUUGAUUCCUCUAAGGUCAAAGGUGGAACAUCUGGAAGCAUCCACCAGUCAGGCCACACCACAUCUAAGAAACAGGACCAUGUGGGUGAGUCUCCAGGCAGUACCGAUUGCCAUGCUAUAGCGCUACUUAGCCUUGAGAAUGAGACUCAGGGGGAAGCGAAGGCACCGACACCUCCAGUUAACUCAGAUGUGGCAGCUUUGGCUCUUGUACCUGCUCCACCCAUUCCACCAUCCCGCAGGGCAAGUUUAGGAGCCCCACCUUCAGAUGAUGCCCAGACGGACAGCAGCCUGACAGGCUCCACCAUGUCGCUUUGCCCCAUGGGCACCAGCACAAGCGACAGGGACAGGAAGCGGACGCCAGUGGCCAUUGGGUUGCUGCCUGGUGAGCUGGCGAGGGCAAGGCACCGCUUUUCUUUUGAUGGGGACUACACGCUUUUCCAGAGCCACAGCUACCCGAGGCGGGCCCGUGCCCGCCGCCACAAAUCCAGCUCACAGCUCGAUGUCUCACCUCCGACUGAACGCCGCAUCACGUUCAGCAGCAGCACUGAGUGGAUGCUUGAGAGCACAGUGUGA